CGCUAAAGAGCAUCGCGGUCCUCGGACUAAGCGGCGAAGAAGAAGCAGAAGUGACGUCACCGAAGAAGAAGCCGAAGUGACGUCACUGAAGCAAAAAUGGCGGAGCUCCAGCGCAAGAGGAGAAACUACUCCGACGACGGAGGGCCGCAGGAGGAGGGAGGCAGAGUGAAAACUAAGCCUGUCUCUUGUAGCACGCUGGCUGGAGGAGCGAGCACCCUCAAACGCACGUCCCAGCACCUCGCCUCCGAUGAAGAGGACGGACCCCCCGCCGAGACACCCGCACCCCGCAAAGCCUCCAAAAUAGGCUUCGGCUUGAGCAGUCAGGCUGGCAAAAAGUCCAAUCCCAUUUCCAUCAAGCUUGGAGCAAAUAAACCCAAAGAACCGGCUCCAACAGUUCCUGCAAAGAAACCUGGCAUGUCCUCAGUUUUCAAUGAGGAUGAUGAUAGUGAACCUGAGGAGAUGCCACCAGAGGCCAAGAUGAGGAUGAGGAACGUCGGCAGGGAGACGCCAACAUCGGCGGGACCCAACUCCUUCAACAAGGGCAAGCAAGGCUUCUCUGAUCACCAGAAACUUUGGGAGAAGAAGCUGAAAGCCCAAGCAGACAAGUUGUAAUCAAUUGUUCAACCUCACCUGAGAUAUCAGUAGUCAUAUUUUGUUCAACCUCACCUGAGAUAUCAGUAGUCAUAUUUUGUUCUGCCACACCUGAGAUAUCAAUAAUUAUAUUUUGGUCAACCACACCUGAGAUAUCUAUAGUCAUAUUUUGUUCAACCACACCAGAGAUAUCUAUAGUCAUAUUUUGUUCAACCACACCUGAGAUAUCUAUAACUAUAUUUUGUUCUGCCACACCUGAGAUAUCUAUAACCAUAUGUUGUUCAGCCACACCUGAGAUAUCUAUAAUCAUAUUUCGUUCAACCCCACCUGAGAUAUCAAUAAUUAUAUUUUGGUCAACCACACCUGAGAUAUCUAUAGUCAUAUUUUGUUCAACCACACCUGAGAUAUCAAUAAUUAUAUUUUGGUCAACCACACCUGAGAUAUCUAUAGUCAUAUUUUGUUCAACCACACCUGAGAUAUCAAUAAUUAUAUUUUGGUCAACCACACCUGAGAUAUCUAUAGUCAUAUUUUGUUCAACCACACCUGAGAUAUCAAUAAUUAUAUUUUGGUCAACCACACCUGAGAUAUCUAUAGUCAUAUUUUGUUCAACCACACCUGAGAUAUCAAUAAUUACAUUUUGGUCAACCACACCUGAGAUAUCUAUAGUCAUAUUUUGUUCAACCACACCUGAGAUACGUGUAGAAGUAAUGUGUAUUGAUGUCUACACAACAUAUGUAAUAUCCAUGGCAACCAGCUUCUCCACAGGUGAAGCUGCUCAGGUGUCCUCCCCUGCUCGCUUCUCUCAAGUUUGUGUAAAAAUGUACAUAGCAGUGUUUUUAUUCCAUCAUUUGUUGUCUUCAUUUGUGUAGUUUGUCACCACCAGUUUGCUCCUCUCGCAAUCUUGUGCUUACUUUCUACUCCACACCUUUUGAUUAGUUUCUACUCCACACCUUUUGAUUAGUUUCUACUCCACACCUUUUGAUUAGUUUCUACUCUACACCUUUUGAUUAGUUUCUAAUCCAACCCUUUUGAUUAGUUUCUACUCCACACCUUUUGAUUAGUUUCUACUCCACACCUUUUGAUUAGUUUCUACUCCACACCUUUUGAUUAGUUUCUACUCUACACCUUUUGAUUAGUUUCUACUCUACACCUUUUGAUUAGUUUCUACUCCACACCUUUUGAUUAAUUUCUACUCCACACCUUUUGAUUAGUUUCUACUCCACACCUUUUGAUUAGUUUCUACUCCACACCUUUUGAUUAGUUUCUACUCUACACCUUUUGAUUAGUUUCUACUCUACACCUUUUGAUUAGUUUCUACUCCACACCUUUUGAUUAAUUUCUACUCCACACCUUUUGAUUAGUUUCUACUCCACACCUUUUGAUUAGUUUCUACUCCACACCUUUUGAUUAAUUUCUACUCCACACCUUUUGAUUAGAUUCUACUCCACACCUUUUGAUGAGUUUCUACUCCACACCUUUUGAUUAGUUUGUGCUUCCUGGUGAAAAUGAAAGCUUUGUGUGACCUCAAUAAGACAAGAUGUCCUCUUCCCUGCUAGUGAACUCUUUGAUAAUAAAACAAAUAUUGUCUGUC